UCAGGGGCGCGCGCUGCAGGGCGGCCGCGUCACGUGACCCAGGUAAUUAGCGCCGCGCGCCGCGCUCCCUUCCGCGCAGCCCCCAGACCUGCAGCCUGCGGACUUCGCCGCCGCGCCGACCCCCGCCCGCCCGGAUGAGUCACCUGAGGCUGCUGCCAUCCCGGCUUGGGGCACAGGCUGCCAGGCUCCUGGCUGUGCGUAAUGCCCUCGUGCUCAGCUGGCGUAACAGGUCUUCUGGGCCACCGGCCACCUUCCCAAGCAGCAGAGGAGGUGGCUCCAGUUACAUGGAGGAGAUGUACUUCGCCUGGUUGGAAAACCCCCAGAGUGUCCACAAGUCCUGGGACAGCUUCUUCCGGAAAGCCAGUGAGGAAGCCUCUUCUGGCUCUGCUCAGCCACAGCCGCUGUCUGUUAUCCAUGAGAGCAGGCCUGCGGUCUCGAGCCGGACCAAGACCAGCAAGCUGGUAGAGGACCACCUGGCAGUGCAGUCCCUGAUCCGGGCCUACCAGAUCCGGGGCCACCACGUGGCCCAGCUGGACCCCCUAGGAAUUCUGGAUGCGGAUCUAGACUCCUUCGUGCCCUCAGACUUGAUCACGACCAUUGAUAAAUUGGCCUUCUACGACCUACAGGAGGCUGACCUUGAUAAGGAGUUCCAGCUACCCACGACCACCUUCAUCGGGGGCCCGGAAAGCACCCUCUCUCUGCGGGAGAUCAUUCGGCGCCUGGAGAGCACGUACUGCCAGCACAUCGGCCUGGAGUUCAUGUUCAUCAAUGAUGUGGAGCAGUGCCAGUGGAUCCGACAGAAAUUUGAGACUCCUGGUGUGAUGCAGUUCUCCAGUGACGAGAAGCGGACCCUGCUGGCCCGGCUGGUGCGCUCCAUGAGGUUUGAAGACUUCCUGGCCCGGAAGUGGUCCUCAGAGAAGCGGUUUGGCCUGGAGGGCUGUGAGGUGAUGAUUCCAGCUCUCAAGACCAUCAUUGAUAAAUCCAGUGAGAUGGGCAUUGAGAAUGUCAUUCUGGGGAUGCCACACAGGGGCAGGCUGAACGUGCUAGCCAACGUGAUCCGCAAGGACCUGGAGCAGAUCUUCUGCCAGUUUGACCCCAAGCUGGAGGCGGCAGAUGAGGGCUCUGGGGAUGUCAAAUAUCACCUGGGGAUGUACCAUGAGAGGAUCAACCGCGUCACCAACAGGAACAUUACUCUGUCGCUCGUGGCCAACCCCUCCCAUCUGGAAGCUGUGGACCCUGUGGUGCAGGGCAAGACCAAGGCAGAACAGUUCUACCGUGGGGACACCCAGGGCAAGAAGGUCAUGUCCAUCCUGGUCCAUGGGGACGCUGCCUUUGCUGGCCAGGGUGUGGUCUAUGAGACCUUCCACCUGAGUGACCUGCCCUCCUAUACUACCAAUGGCACCGUACAUGUCGUCGUCAACAACCAGAUUGGCUUCACCACGGACCCCCGGAUGGCCCGCUCCUCACCAUACCCCACUGAUGUGGCCCGGGUGGUCAACGCGCCCAUCUUCCAUGUGAAUGCAGAUGACCCAGAGGCUGUGAUAUACGUGUGUAGCGUGGCAGCUGAGUGGAGGAACACUUUCAACAAAGAUGUCGUUGUGGACCUGGUCUGUUACCGCCGGCGUGGUCACAAUGAGAUGGAUGAGCCCAUGUUCACGCAGCCACUCAUGUACAAGCAGAUACACAGACAGGUGCCUGUGCUGAAGAAGUACGCAGACAAGCUCAUCGCUGAGGGCACAGUCACCCUGCAGGAGUUUGAGGAAGAAAUUGCCAAGUAUGACCGGAUCUGCGAGGAGGCUUACGGCAGGUCCAAGGACAAAAAGAUCCUGCACAUAAAGCACUGGCUGGACUCCCCCUGGCCUGGCUUCUUCAACGUGGAUGGGGAGCCCAAGAGUAUGACGUGCCCAGCCACAGGCAUCCCUGAGGAUGUGCUGAACCACAUUGGCAAUAUAGCCAGCUCUGUGCCCCUGGAGGACUUUAGGAUCCACACUGGCCUCUCUCGAAUCCUGCGGGGCCGUGCAGACAUGACCAAGAAGCGGACAGUGGACUGGGCAUUGGCAGAGUACAUGGCCUUUGGCUCCCUGCUUAAGGAGGGCAUCCAUGUGCGGCUCAGCGGGCAGGACGUGGAGAGGGGCACGUUCAGUCACCGGCACCAUGUUCUCCAUGACCAGGAGGUUGACCGGAGGACGUGCGUCCCUAUGAAUCAUCUCUGGCCUGACCAGGCCCCCUACACCGUGUGCAAUAGCUCCCUCUCAGAGUACGGAGUCCUAGGCUUUGAGCUUGGCUACGCCAUGGCCAGCCCCAAUGCCCUGGUCCUCUGGGAGGCACAGUUUGGCGACUUCCACAACACAGCCCAGUGCAUCAUCGACCAGUUCAUCAGCACUGGCCAGGCCAAGUGGGUGCGGCACAACGGCAUUGUGCUCCUGCUGCCGCAUGGCAUGGAGGGCAUGGGCCCGGAGCACUCCUCGGCGAGGCCUGAGAGGUUCCUGCAGAUGAGCAAUGACGACUCGGACGCCUACCCUGCGUUCACCGAGGACUUCGAGGUGAGGCAGCUAUACGACUGCAACUGGAUCGUGGUCAACUGCUCCACGCCGGCCAACUACUUCCACGUGCUGCGCCGGCAGAUCCUGCUGCCCUUCCGCAAGCCGCUGAUCAUCUUCACGCCCAAAUCUCUGCUGCGGCACCCAGAGGCCAAGUCCAGCUUUGACCAAAUGGUACCUGGCACCAGCUUCCAGCGGGUGAUUCCUGAAGAUGGGGCUGCAGCACAGGCUCCCAAGCAGGUGCGGCGGCUCAUCUUCUGCACAGGGAAGGUGUACUAUGACCUGGUGAGGGAGCGGAGCAGCCAGGGCCUGGAGGAACAAGUGGCUAUCACACGCCUGGAGCAGAUCUCUCCAUUCCCCUUUGACCUGAUCAACCAAGAGGCAGAGAAGUACCCAGGUGCAGAGCUGGCGUGGUGUCAGGAGGAGCAUAAGAACAUGGGCUACUAUGACUACAUCAGCCCGCGCUUCAUGACCAUCCUGAGCCGUGCCCGCCCCAUCUGGUAUGUUGGCCGUGACCCAGCAGCUGCACCGGCCACAGGAAACAGGAACACUCACCUGGUGUCGCUGAAGAAGUUUCUGGAUACUGCCUUCAAUCUCCAGGCCUUUGAGGGCAAGACAUUUUAGAACCAAGGCAAGGCCAAAGAGCAGGUCCUGCUGGCUUCAGUGUUAAGCCAACUUUGGCCUUCGUGUUUAUUUCAGAACCUAUUAGGAUUGAAAAACUCAGAGGAGCUUGAUAGAGAGGGGUAUAGUUCUGAAGUGUUCCUCAGCUGCUCGGAUCUUUCUGGAAUUCCUUGUGUGGUGUCUCCAUCUGCGUUGGUAUCUCAAGACAGACACCCGGAACCCUGCGUCUCUGGUCCUUCCCAUCCUGGCAGGCCUGGCUGCCGCACAGCCUGUCCAUGUUUCUUUGUAGAUUCAAAGGGAUGUUGUCUUUUGUGCUUUAGAAAUAGAUAUUUCAGCCAUAACCAGAUGAAGCAAAACAAUGCUGGAUGAUUUAUAUGUGCUCUGUUUUAUGGGGUGUGCCGUAUGAGAUAUGUCAGCUUCUGGGCGAAAUACAGCUAACAGCUCAUGUGUGCCAAAGUAAAAAACUAUAACAGAAAUAAAGAAAAUGCUUAAGAGA